AUGGGCAAACUCGAGCAGUCAUCAAUCUCCCACCGAGAGGCGGUCAGCGGCGAAGGCGGUUCGUCCUUCGACUCUCCAGGGGCGUCGCUGGAAGACCACCGGCGAGGCAUCGAGCCAUCAAACCGGACCUUAUCGCGGAUCUCGACAACCUCGAAUGUCGAAUAUAAAGUGUACAAACGACGCUUCUUCGGCCUGGCUCAGUUAGUUUUGCUGAACAUCGUGGUCUCUUGGGACUGGAUUGCAUUUGCUCCCGUGUCGAAGACCUCGGCCAAGUACUUCCACACCUCCGAGACCAACAUCAACUGGGUUUCGACGGCGUUUCUCUUCGCCUACUGCGCCACCACGCCACCUACCUUCUAUGUCCUGCACAGGUAUGGCACCAAGACCGCCAUCAUCAUAGCCGCCUCCUUGGUGCUGGUCGGCAACUGGGUCAAAUACGGCGCGACCCGGGCAAACAGCUUCGGUGGCGUCAUGGUCGGGCAGUUGAUCAUUGGCUUCGCGCAGCCGUUCGUCCUGUCUUCUCCCACGAGUUACUCCAACCUCUGGUUCAGCCCAGACGGCCGCACCACCGCCACAGCACUGGCGUCGUUGUCGAACCCCUUUGGCGCAGCGCUGGGCCAACUCAUUUCACCUUUCUGGGCAGACGAACCACACGAGAUCCCCAAUAUGAUCCUGUACAUCUCGAUCAUAUCCUCGGUCGCGAGCGUGCCGGCUUUCUUCAUCCCGUCAAGACCGCCCUCCCCACCCUCGGCGGGUUCGGCGGCGGACCACAUGGACCGCACGUCUCUGCGUCAAGAUUUCCGCACGCUAUCCCGCUCCCCGGAGUUCUACCUCCUCUUCCUCCCCUUCGUCUUCUACGUGGGCUUCUUCAACGCCUUCUCGUCUCUGCUCAAUCAGAUCUUCGAGCCGUACGGCUUCAGCGAGACCAACGCCGGCAUCGCGGGCGCCAUCUUGAUCGUGGUGGGCCUCGUCUGUGCGGCCAUCUCGAGCCCCAUCAUCGACAAGUACAAGUUUUAUUUGGCCUACGUCAAGGUUGCCGUCCCGGUGGUGGCAAUCUGCUAUGUAAUCGUCAUCUGGGCGCCGCAAUCCCGAUCACUGGCGUACGUCUUUGUCGUCUGUGCCCUUCUCGGGGCCGCGAGUUUCGGCCUCGUGCCCGUGGCGCUGGAAUUCCUCGUCGAGAUCCACUAUCCCCUGGGGCCUGAGUUGGGGAGUAGUUUCUGCUGGUGUGGCGGCCAGCUCUUGGGAGGCAUCUUCAUUGUCAUCAUGAAUGCACUGAAGGAUGGUCCGAACGCCCAUCCACCCAAGAACAUGAAGCGGGCUUUGAUCUUCCAAGCGGUGUUGGCGGUCUUGGUGAUGCCGGCUCCAUUGUGUCUUGGGUUGUUCGGCCGCCAGGGCCGUGUGAGAAGGAAGCGGUGGGAGGCAGAUCGCAGUACGGCGGAAGAGGUGGUGGAGGGUUACGUUGACAGAGUGGAAGAUGAUGAGCAGACUUUGCAAGGGCGGGACUCCAGAUCUGCGUGA